GUUCGUGAGCUUAUGGAUGGAUGGCGCCCAUAGCAUUCGCAUACCACAUAUGCCUAGGGCUCACCCUGUACUCAGAGUGGCUUCUGCUGGUUUAGUAGAACAUAACAUGACAGUUCCUGUUCCGUAACAAACAGCCAACAUGUUUAACUGCUUGAAAUUUGAGCUGAAGAAAAUAAAGAGGAGGGCCGCAAGAAAGAGCAGAAGAAACACUCGGAAGGAGGAGUGCCAGUGUGCUUAAACAGUAAAUAUGUUUUGUGCUCAACUUUGCAUUCGUGUCUUUGAAUGCGAACGAUUCUGACAGGAAAAUUAGCUUGCAGAAUGACUGUAUUGCUUUGCCAGCAGGCUAUACUGAAUUACUGUCCUGAUGCCACUUCCUUCAAAGUUCAAAGGUCGCUUAAAUUCAGUGAGUGACGAGCAGGGCUGAUAUUUGAAAGAAGGAUGGAGCACGUCUCUCUCCCGCCACUGUCCCGUGUUGCCAUUUGUGGUGGCACCCAUGGAAAUGAGAUGUCAGGGGUGUACAUGGUGAAAGAAAUGCAGAAACAGAAGGUACAUCGGACUGAAUCUGUUUCUAUUACUACCGUCUUAUCAAAUCCACGGGCUGUGGAUGCUUGCAGAAGAUACAUGGAAACAGAUCUCAAUCGCUGUUUUACAGAUGCCUUGCUAAGUGCUCCCAUAACAGACUCUACACCCUACGAGUUGAGGAGAGCCCAAGAGCUGAAUGCUCAGCUUGGGCCCAAAGGAAGCCCAGAGGCUGUGGAUCUGCUCUGCGACAUCCACAACACCACUGCCAACAUGGGCAUGUGCCUCAUCUUUUACUCCUUAGACUGGAUCACCCUUCACAUUUACAACUACAUACAGAGCAAGAUGACCUCUGCACCUGUGAGAGCAAUCCAGAUGGAUAUACCCAUUUCUGAGGCUUAUUCCCUGGAGUCAGUAGGAAAACGUGGCAUCUCGAUAGAGGUCGGUCCUCAACCCAACGGCGUGACCAGAGCUGAUAUCUUUAACAUGGCGAAAGAGGCAGUGGAUCUCACACUAGAAUGGCUUCAGAAAUUGAAUUCUGGAAGUACUUUUGAAGGCGGUGAGGUGGAAGCAUACACUUUGGUGAAGAGUGUAGACUACCCAAGGGAUCCUACAACCAAUGACAUUACUGCUGCCAUUCACCCCCAGCUGCAGGAUAAUGACUUCAAGCUUCUCAAACCAGGCGACCCCAUCUUCCUGUCAUUUUCUGGGGAGACGGUGAAGCAUGAGGGGGAGGAACUCUACCCUUUAUUUGUAAAUGAAUGUGCCUACUAUGAGAAGAAGAUUGCUUUCCAUUUAGCUAAGAAAGUCACCUUGGCCUUCCCGUCUAUAAGUGUGAAGAAAGAGGACUGAGAGUACAGAGACAGAAUGAGACCAAGAUGUAGACUUUAAAUUGUAAUUGUAAAAAAAAUAAUUGUAAAAAAGAAUGUGUACACUAUAUAUAUAAUUUUUAUUUUAAUAAUCACAAAUGCACAAACAAAUGCAAUGAUGAUUUAAUAUUCUACAGGUGCCGGACACUACGGAUUACCUCAUUAUCCUGUUUAGCAAUCCACUACAGCAGCUCUGCAAGAGUACUACCUCUGUAAGGGCCUACAGAAGAGACUCGUGUGUAAUACCAGAGUUGUUAUUGUACUUGACUGAAUGAUAUUGCACAGGUGCUGGAUUUAUAAUCCUCCACUCCCUGUAAAUGAACUAGACUACUUGGACAUUGAUCUUUUUUGCACUGACAAUGAUAUAAAACACCAUGUUUGAAUACAUGGCAACAUGGAUCACUUUUCAAUAGUGACUUUUGAAUUCUAACAUGCUGAUGUUUAGCAGCUUUAAUAUUUACGAUGUUCUCCAACUUAGUUUAGCAUGCUAACAUUUUCUAAUUAUCACUAAACACAAAGUACAGCUGAGGCUGACGGGCAUUAGCUUUACAGGUAUUUGGUCAUAAACUAAAGUAUUGCAUUGCUAUGCCCAGAUUUUUUUUUUUUUAUCGUUAUCGCAAUAUCAACUUGCGAAAUACACACUCACGAAUCAAGAAAGACUACAACAUAUCGCACUUUUUCUAACUUUUUUUAGUUAUUAGAGAGUAUCAGUAGAAAACUCCACUUAAAAGUGUAACUAUCAACAUAUUUUUUUUUAAAUGGUGCCUUUUAUGUCCAAUUCAGUGUUCAAUUUGUUUAAUAACAUGUUGGAAAUUU